AUGGCCGCAGCCAGUCCACCAAACAACGACAUUCCCGAUGACGACGAGCUCGACGCCAUCCUCAACGGCACCCUAAACGGUCAAGAUAUAUUCGAUGUUAGCAACACAGAACUACAAACAUUGCCUUUGGCACGUCAACGGCCAGCUGAAGAAGAUUCGGGUUUGGGCAUUGACGAAGAGAUCAAAGUUGUGAAGAAGCGCCAACCCAUCCCCAAGCUCGACGACAACCGGCUUCUUUCCGACCCUGGGAUUCCACGGCUGCGCAGAAUCUCUAAAGAGCGAUUGAAGCUCAAGGGAAAGGGUCACGAGUACGGUGACAUAGCCCGCAUGCUCAAUAUGUAUCAGUUCUGGUUGGACGAGCUUUACCCGCGCGCCAAAUUCGCAGACGGACUCGCUAUCAUUGAGAAGUUGGGCCACUCAAAACGCGUUCAGAUGAUGAGGAAAGAGUGGAUAGAUGAGGGGAAGCCGAGGCAUAACGCGCGAGAGGACGAUGAAGUUGAGGACAUUGGUGCGGACGAGCCGGCGCAACAAGAUAACGGCCCGAUGGAAGGCGUACAAAGCGACGUUGCCCCGAGCGUGGAGGACGACGCACGGCAAGAUGACGCCAGCAGACCGAAAGGUUCGUCGGCACAUUCAAUAGAACAACCUGACGAGGACGAGCUGGAUGCAUUACUAGCCGGUGAUGCUGCACCUGUACCUGCACCUACUGUAGCCGCGACGAAUGCAACUACAACCGCGGAAGACGAUCCAUUUGCGGACGCAAUGGAAGCCAUGGAGGGCAUGGAGGGCAUGUGGUAG